UCCUUCUUACUGAGUGCAUUCAACACAAAGUAUACGCACGGUCGAGACGAAAAACCAAGAAAGCAAGCUACGUGAAGUAAUACCAGCAAACAAACACACAAAAACAGCAACAACAUGUCGCCGAACACAAAAUCAGUACCACACGAAUCACAAUUCUACGCUACCAAAACSGAGCUGUACUUGAAAGUGAAGAAACCACUGUUGGAACGUCAACGUCGCGCUCGCAUCAACAAGUGUCUCGACACAUUAAAGACACUGGUAGCCGAGUUCCAAGGUGAUGAUGCCAUACUGCGUAUGGACAAAGCCGAAAUGUUGGAGUCGACAAUUGCCUUCAUGCGUCAACAUAGUCGCCGCCGUUCAGCCAUGCCUGCUGUGGCGCCACUUGAGCCGAUGGAUAGUUUCCGCAAUGGUUAUAUGAAUGCCGUCAAUGAAGUAUCGCGCGUUAUGGCCGCUAUGCCGGGCAUGAGCGUCAAUGUGGGCAAAUCGGUGAUGACACAUUUGGGUAGCGAAUUCAAUCGGCUAUUGCAGCAACAGCAAGAGCAARCAAUCGUUGUAGAUGUGGCGGAGAAGAUGAGCGAAAAAGUGGCGCGUCCAUCGAGUCGUGCAUCCUCGGGUUAUCACAGUGAUUGUGAACACGAUAGCCCAAUGCCAUCACCAGCACCUGUAUCCGCCACCGAGUGCGCCACCUGGCGGCCAUGGCUGUAAGCGUUCGCUGCGUCCGUUAAUUAUACGCUGCAGGGGGGCAUUACCAGAGCAACUGAGAGCUUUAAAUCAAGACAACUUGAGAAACAACGAUUGUGUGUUUAGACUGUGAUCGCAUUUAUUUGCAUUGUUAUUGUAUCUUCCAAUAGAAACAACUCUACGGCUUUAAUAGUUUGUAAGAAUUUARAAAUUAUAAAAAAAAGAAUAAGAGCUUUAAUAGUUUGUAAGUUAAAAAAUUAUGAAGAAAA